AUGGGAAACUGGACAGAAUUUAGGGGAAAGCUCACAAUUACGCCUCCAUUAACAAAUGAGGAGAUUCGCAGUGCCAACGAAUCCCUUAAUGACCCCAAGAACAGUGGCAUGUUCAAACAAUGGCCUGAUUCUAGCUUUGUUCCAAUCGAAACUUUCUGUUGGGAUUGCAGUUGGUAUGUUUCUUCAAGUGGACAGGGAAUACUUUGCGAAGAAUUUGAUGGAAUUUAUGAAGGCAAAGGCUAUCUCAAGUAUUUAAUAGAACAUGGAAUUAAGAAAACACCUUCGAAGGUAAAUGGAGAAAUUGUCUAUCUUAAUGAAUAUGGCUCAUUUGGAAUAUUGGGUGUUGAAAAUAACGAAGUAUAUACUAUAAAUUACUUGAAAGAAAUUAACUUUUUUGAUUCCUUUGUGGGGGAAGAUCUUGAAGAAAAAAAGAAUUUAGAGCCAACCGUGGAUAAUGUCCCAAAAAUCCUUGAUAACCUUCAACUAAUACCAGCCAUAUUCAGAUACGAUAUAGCCCAAAAGGUAACUCGAAAUACGACCUUUACAGGUUCAUUAAAUGUGACUAGAAUUAUUAGCCCGGAGAAAUAUGAUAUGAUACGGCGUACUAAGGAGGAGUACAUAGAAGAAAGAGUCGUUCAAGAUUCUCACACUUCUGAGAUGUAUUUUCCGGCUAUGAGGGAUGCUAAGCGUAAAGAUCGUGAGACGAGAAGAAGACAGUACUUUAAUGAGUAUAACGAUUAUCCAUUAAUUGCAGAAUACAAAAAAGACGGCACUGUAGGAGACAAGUCCCUCAAAAGCGAAUGGAUCUUUUCACAUGAUAACAUGCAACUUUCUUGGUCUGGUAAGACUUUUAUUGCGGCUCAUAACUGGCUAGCAUAUUUGGCAAUGAAUUGCUGUGAAUGCCAUGGUUCCAUAAAGUGGGAAAAUGAAAAGAAUGAACAGGGCCUAUUGUCAGUCGAAAAUAUCGAGGUUCUGGAAGGUUAUACGCGAAGCUUCGUAUUUAUUGAAUUCAACGGUGAAAAAUUUCUAGCUAAUGUAUCAUGGUGUAAUUGA